AUUACCUCACUGUGCGGACACACGCACCGGGACAAUCCAAGUACAAUCCUGUUGAAAGGGGCAUGGCAACACUAUCCGAAAAAUUGGCAGGUAUUACUCUAUCAAUCGAUCACUUUGGGACGCAUCUAGAUACACAAGGUAAAGUGAUUUAUCUGAAAUUGGCUCUUCAAAACUUUCGAUAUGCCGGAGAG